AUGGAGAAGAUGGCCAGGGUCACCACGGCCCUGGGGGGCAACACCCUGAGCGGCCGCACCAUGUUCUGCCACCUGGACGCCCCCGCCAAUGCCAUCAGCGUGUGCCGUGACGCCGCACAGGUCGUGGUGGCCGGACGCAACAUCUUCAAGAUCUACUCCAUCGAGGAGGAGCAGUUCGUGGAGAAGCUGAACCUGCGCGUGGGCCGCAAGCCCUCCCUGAACUUCAGCUGCGCCGACGUGGUGUGGCACCAGAUGGACGAGAACCUGCUGGCCACGGCCGCCACCAACGGUGUGGUGGUCACCUGGAACCUCGGCAAGCCGUCCCGCAACAAGCAGGACCAGCUGUUCACGGAGCACAAGCGCACGGUGAACAAGGUGUGCUUCCACCCCACCGAGGUGUACAUGCUGCUCAGCGGCUCCCAGGACGGGUACAUGAAGUGCUUCGACCUGCGCAAGAAGGACUCUGUCAGCACCUUCUCUGGCCAGUCGGAGAGCGUGCGUGAUGUGCAGUUCAGCAUCCGGGACUAUUUCACCUUCGCCGCCACCUUCGAGAACGGGAACGUGCAGCUGUGGGACAUCCGUCGGCCUGACCGCUACGAGAGGAUGUUCACGGCCCACAACGGGCCCGUCUUCUGCUGCGACUGGCACCUGGAGGACAGGGGCUGGCUGGCCACGGGCGGCCGGGACAAGAUGGUGAAGGUGUGGGACAUGAACACGACGCGGGCGAAGGAGAUUUACUGCGUGCAGACCAUCGCCUCGGUGGCGCGGGUGAAGUGGCGCCCCGAGUGCAAGCACCACAUCGCCACCUGCUCCAUGAUGGUGGACCACAACAUCUACGUGUGGGACGUGCGCCGCCCCUUCAUCCCCUCCGCCAUGUUCGAGGAGCACAAGGACGUCACCACGGGCAUCGUGUGGCGGCACCUCCACGACCCCUAUUUCCUGCUGUCGGGCUCCAAGGACAGCACCCUUUACCAGCACAUCUUCAAGGACGCCAGCCAGCCCAUCGACCGGGCCAACCCCGAGGGGCUGUGCUACAGCCUGUACGGAGACCUGGCCUUCGCUGCCAAGGAGAGCCUCAUCUCCUCCGACUCCAACCGCAAGCCCUACAUCGGGGACCGGCGCCACCCCAUCUUCUUCAAGCGCAAGCUGGACCCCACGGAGCAGUUCGAGUACAUCUCAUCCUCCAGCGCCCUCAGCGUGUUCGAGACGGACGUGGAGAGCGGCAGCAUGGACUGGUUCGUGCACACGGCCAAGCAGUACGCGCUGGCCGGCCGGCCCCUGGCCGAGCUCUGCGACCACAACGCCAAGGUGGCCAAGGGCCUGGACCGCAACCAGGUGGCUCAAACAUGGACGAUGCUGCGGAUUAUCUAUUCCAGCCUCGGCACCGUGUCGUCCGCCAACCUCAACCACAGCAUGGGCAAAGGCAGCGCUGCCCUCCCGCUCAUGAACAGCUUUAACCUGAAGGACAUCCCCUCUGGGCUGGGCAGCGAGUCCAGACUGGACCGCAGCAAAGGAGAAAGCCGCACAGAAAACAUCCUCAUGGACUCCUCCUCCACCCUGAUCAACAACGAGGACAACGAGGAGACGGAGGGCAGCGAUGUCCCUGCGGAUUACCUGCUGGGAGACGUGGAGGCAGAUGAGGAUGACCUGUACAUGAUGGACCACGAGAACCCACAUGCUGAAGAGCAGGAAUACAGCCUUCCCCAGGAAGCCUUCCCCCUGCGCCACGAAAUCGUGGACAACCCCUCAGCCUUGGACCACCUGCAGGACAAGGCUGACUCCCCCCACGUCAGCGGCAACGAGGCCGAGACGGUGUCACUGACGCCCGUGGAGUCCUUCUCCCUGAUCUCCAUCUCCCACUCGCUCUACGAGAACCGCCUGCCCUCCGACUUCUUCAGCCCCAUCGUGCGGGACACGCUGCUGUUCUACGCCGAGCAGGGGGACGUGCAGACGGCCGUGUCCGUGCUCAUCGUGCUGGGGGAGCGCAUCCGCAAGGAGAUCGACGAGCAGACACAGGAACACUGGUACACGUCCUACAUCGACCUGCUGCAGCGCUUCCAGCUCUGGAACAUCUCCAACGAGGUGAUCAAACUGAGCACGUGCCGUGCCAUCAACUGCCUCAACCAGGCUUCCACCACCCUCCAUGUCAACUGCAGCAACUGCAAGCGGCCCAUGAGCAACAGGGGCUGGAUCUGCGACAGGUGUCGGCAGUGUGCCAGCAUGUGUGCCGUGUGUCACCACGUGGUGAAGGGGCUCUUCGUGUGGUGCCAGGGCUGCAGCCACGGGGGCCACCUCCAGCACAUCAUGAAGUGGCUGGAGACCAGCUCCCACUGCCCUGCUGGCUGCGGCCACCUCUGCGAGUACACCUGAGCCCUAAGCCCCACGGGGGAUGAUGGCGGGCAGGGGAUGGGCAGGGCAGGCAGGGUCUCCUGCCUGGUACCCCCCGCACCUCCCUCCCUGUAUUUAUUGUGUAAAUAAGGGCUGGGGGUGCCCCCCCGCCCAGCCGUUUUGUACUGGAUUAAAACAAACCAGCAGCUGAACCGA